GAGCUUUCGUCGAUUUGUUGCCAGGCUCGAGGGUGUGCUGAGUCGUUGGACCCCGCCCCCCUUUGUAGUUGCGCCGCAACGGUCCCAGGAGCAGCCAACUAAGCUGGCGGAGCCUUUGUGCCGCGGAGUACUCUGUUCGCUUUGAGGGGUGGAAUCAGAGAAGGCAGGCGGGGCCCGAGCCCACGCUUGCGGAGACAAGUCAGAAGUCGCAGCAAGGAUGUAUAAGUUAGACCUCUCACCAGAUCCCAAGGAGAUAGCAGCCAUUGAGGCCAGAAGAAAUCGAGAAAAGGAACGACAAUGCCGAUUCUUCAAUGUGCGGAACCGAACCAUGGGGGUGGAUGUGAAAGCCCUGAACCACCAGGUGGAGGAACGAAAGUUCCAGGAGACAUUAGAGCGAAGCAAAGAUAUGGCUUAUGGUGUCAAGAACACACACUAUGACAUGGUAGCACAGAUGCUAGAGAAGGAAGAGGCAGAACGAGCAUACCGGUUGUCCAAGAGAGUCCAGGAUUUUCGGGAGCAAAAGCAGCAAUUCAAGAACGGACACGAAUUUGAAUCCUGGGAACCACAGAAAUUCCAGGAGUUUCCAGUUCCUUAUUUCAAUCAUGAGGCAUAUCUUGGCCCAGCCAGCAUGCAGUACUUCCUUGGAGAGGACCUGGACAGGGCCUCAUGCCUAAGAAUGCAGCAGGAACAGUUCAGAUACAACCUGGAGAAACAGCUACAGGAGCAACAGGCAGUCAGAGAAGAGGAGGCGCGAGCAGCUUUGCUUAGUGACCAGCUGCGCCUCGCCGCGGACAAACGAGCUGCUGAACUGGCUAGGCUGGAAGAAUCCUGCCGAGCAGCUAUGAGGACUGCGCUGGCCAAUGCCAACAAAGCCGAGGCAGCUAAGAAGGCCCUGCAGCAGCGCCGUGAACAGCAGCAGCAAAAGAAUGCCAACCUCGUGGAGAUCAAGAAACAAAUCACCAGCGAUCUACUGACCGAGAAUCCUCUAGUUGCCCAACGCCCCCAGGCUCCUCACCGGGUCCUGCCCUAUUGCUGGAAGGGCAUGACCGCAGAGCAGCGAGCUGCCAUCAGGAAAACCCAAGAAGCACAGCGAAAAGAGAAAAAGGAACAGCGCCGAGCCGAGAAGUCCUUGGAGGCUGAGUGGGGAAACCGAACCAGACGCUUGGCUGAAGCAGCGCUGGAGCUGGAAGAACAGGAAAGGGAAUUGUGUGCUGAAUUCCGAAGGGGGCUGGGCUCCUUCAACCAGGACUUAGCCAAGGAACAGCAAUCCCGGCAAAAUUAUCUGAAUUCAGUCAUCUACACCAAUCAACCUACCGCCCAGUACUAUCUACAGUUCAACACCAGCAGCCGCUGAACUCAGGAUGGUCACCUCCCUUCGCACCUAGCAAACUCACAGGUGGCUGGGAGUCCAAAAGAAAAUGCCGCGUAUCCUCAUCUCUACUCUCUCCCCAGUAGGAGAGAACUAAGCCCAAACCUCCAUUUUCUACCCAAGGUAAUAAAAGUUAUUCACUACAGU